AUAGUUACUUCUUACCUUUGAUAAACGAAGGCACCAGGUAAUGGCGUAACGUGUUUAACACUAACAUAAAUAGUUUAUUCUCUGCGUAUACUUUGAUUCAUCAUUGGCCAUUUCUCUCUCUCUCUCUCUCUCAAGUUAAGUUCUUCAAUUCUAGAAAACCAUAAACAGGGAAGCCUCUUCAAUUUCUUGGAUUUUCUCUCAUCGUUAUGGAUCAUCGGGCGUUGGAAAUUAUUUCUAUGUCCGGUAAAGAUCUCAAUAGAGUCAAUCUCAUCACGAAGAUGGCGGUGUACGCGGUGGUUUCAAUUUCCGGCGGGGACAAAAAAUCGAAGCAGACUACGAAGACGCCGGUGGAUAGAGACGGCGACACCAGCCCCACAUGGAUUUUUCCUAUGAAGUUCACGGUGGAUGAGGUGGCGCUCCGGCAGAACCUCCUAACUCUUGAUUUCAAGCUUGUUUGUGAGCGUAAGUUAGGCGAUAAAGAUAUUGGUGAAGUCCAUGUUCCCAUCAAACAGCUUCUCGAAUCUCCGACCAUUGGCGUUGUCGGUAACUAUGGAAACCAGCAGCGAUUGGUGAGUUAUCAAGUGAGCAAACCUAACGGCCAACCUAAAGGUCAAAUCACCUUUUCUUACCAGUUUGUCGAUAAGGAUGCGCCGCCACCACCAGUUCCUGGCCCGCCUAAACUUGAUGAGGAACCUGUUACCGCAUAUCCGGCAGUGGGGCCCAGCUUAGCGUAUCCACGUCCAUCUCCAGGAGGAGUAUAUCCUCCUUAUCCAGUUGACCAUGGAACAGGGCUGUACCCACCACCACCAUCACCUGGAGGAUAUCCUCCACCGCCGCCGCCAGCGGGGUAUGGCGGGUACCCACCUCCAUUGUCUUAUGGCGCGUACCCACCUCCACCACCACCGCCAGGAUAUGGAUAUCCACCCCAGUCCGGGUACGGAUAUCCAGCUGUGCAAAGGCCACCAAAGAAGAACAAUUUCGGUUUAGGAGUAGGAGCUGGAUUAUUAGGUGGAUUUUUGGUCGGCGAUAUGAUUUCUGAUGUUGGAGAUUCUGGUUUCGAUGGUGGAUUUGAUUUUUGAUCCAUUUCUUCCUUUUCUUUUCUUUUCUUUUCAUUUUUUUUCUUACUUGUAAUUAAUCACUUAAUCUUGGAGUAUGAUAUAUGAAUCUUGUUACCUUUUAUAUUAAUUUUCGUUUUCUAAUGGAUAUUUGGUUGUGCGCA